CAGUUUCAGAACUGAAGUUUACACAAUGCCAAGAGAGUGGGCAAGGCCGAUGAGGUCACAUGACGGUGUAGCAACAUGAAACUUGCCUGUGCGCUCCGGCGAGUCUGACUUCUCCCGGGGUAGGAGGGGAGCGCUGCGGCCGGACCCGGAGUCACUUUGCCCGGCGAGACCGCCCGGGCGCACCCCUACCUGGACGCUCUACGGCACACUUCCUAGUGCUGCCCAGACAGAGAGGUUGCACCGGAGGGGUUUUGCUCCAGCUGGUCAUUAGGAAACGAAACAGGGAAAUGGAGAGGCUUAAUAGGAUAGCUGUGCCAGCCGGGCAGAAGUUGAGGCAACUUCAAAAGGUCUUACAUGGUAUUACAAACAAUGAAGGUGGAAUAAUGAACAAAUUUAAAAAGUUAAAAAGCAAAGCACCACCCAGUGUGCCUCAAAGGGAUUAUGUUCCAGAAAGCCCUGGUGAUGAAGAGGAACAGUGGUCAGAUGACUUUGACAGUGAUUAUGAAAAUCCAGAUGAACCCUCUGACUCAGAAACCUAUGUAGUACCAGGGGAAGAAAUUGCAGAUGACAGCUAUGAACCUCCUCCUACAGAAAAAGAAAAAAGGAAGCUCCCCCCUACACUUCCAUUUUCCAAGGGAGAAUAUGCAGAUAAUCGAUCAAAUCAGAGACAUUCUCCACCUUUCAGCAAGACACUUCCAACUAAAUCAAGUUGGCCUUCCCAGAAAACAAGGCAGUCAUCUUUGCAGGUACCUCUUCCGCAGAAGCCUCAUCUACCAAAGCCAAAAAACUCCUCGGAAGAUGAGACUGAUUAUGUGGUUCCUGUUGAGGAUGAAGAUGAAAACUACAUCCAUCCUACAGAAAGUGAUUCACUCCCAUCUGAGCAAGCUCCCAAGGUGAACAGAUCCAGCAAACCUUCUAGUUCUGCACCACCAGCCUCUCUUCCACCUGUAUCUGCUUUAGCCCCAGGAGAAGAGUAUGAAGUUCCUGUGACUGAGACACCACCUUUUUCCACAUACCAAAAACCAACCAUCAAAACCUGUGACAGCAGUAAUGGCACAGCUCGGGAACCCAAGCCUCCUCCAUCGAUUCAAGCCCCAUCCCCUCUCCCAAGGGUCAUGAAGAAAACAGCAACUCCACUGAAGACAGCCUCGGGUCUUUCUUCACAGAAUACGUUGGGGGGUCAUGAAGAAAAGCCUAUACCUGCUGAACGUCACCGAGGCCGAGCACCGGGCCUGCGGCUGGAACUUCCACACUCAUCAGCAUUUCCCACAGCCAACAAACCAAUCCAACAGAAACCUGUACCUCCACCAAAGCCUCCAGAGGUGCUGAGCCCCAGUAUGGACGUUCCAUUACCUAACUUUCCAGCCAAUUCCUGUUUGUCAGAUCAGGAAGCUGAAGUUCACUGCAGACCAUGGUACGCUGGGUCCUGUGAUCGAAAAUCAGCAGAGGCUGCAUUAUACAAAUCCAAUAAGGAUGGAUCAUUUCUUAUAAGGAAAAGCUCUGGUCACAACUCCAAGCAGCCAUUUACAUUAGUUGUAUUCUAUAACAGAAGAGUUUAUAACAUCCCUGUGCGAUAUAUUGAAUCAACAAAACAAUAUGCUUUAGGCAGUAAGAAAAAUGGUGAAGAGCACUUUAACAGCGUGGCUGAUAUAAUAAAAAAUCACCAACAUACACCUCUGGUUCUCAUCGACAGUCAGAACAACACCAAAGAUUCCACUAGACUGAAAUAUGCUGUUAAAAUUUCAUAGGAAGCAAGAAGAGAAACAAGAUUAGCAUAGUUGCCUCUGAUAUCCUCAAUUUCCCACUUUUUAGUGAUAUCAGAAACAUUGUGGCUCAUGCAUCAUGGACUGAGGCAACUGGCACAGAAGACACCAUUCCUUCAGGAGAACAUCUUGGAGAAGAUGUUGUCUUAUUUCUGAAGAUUAUGCUGUUAGUACACAACGAGUUAGCGAUAUUAUUCACUGUUGCUAUAAUAGAUUCCAAACUGGACUGCAAGAAGCAGUUAAGAGAAUGAGAAUUUUCAAUCAUUCAAUUAGAAAUUCUCUUCUAUUGAUCAAUUUUCAGCAGAAGAUAACAGCCAGCUAGCAAACAAGGUUGCUAAGAAAAUGAGGCUGCAAAAAAAGAGCACUAAAGUCACAUAGCUGAGAUGUCAUGGUAUCUUUUCUUAAACCUUGAUAAUCACAUCUUGGUUAAAUAUUUAAUGUAAAAAAAAAUCAAAAUGUUAUAAGAUGAUGCAUUCUGGACUGUAUGGGGCAGCAGGCACUUGUUACCAAGCGACUGCUAAGACUUGUCAGCAGUCAGUCCCUCUCACAGAGUAUUCAGGACCAUAGUAUGGCAGUACCCUGAAUCAUGGGGACAACUUUCUAGAAAUCAUUGCUCACUUCAGGAUUCGUUUGGGUUGUUCUGCUCCUUACAGAGAUGGUCAUUCUUCUUCAUGAGUAUGUCUAUUAGUUGACCCAGAAGUAAAAUGAACAAAACACUGAGUUCACAGCAAACCUCCUCCCAGAAAUGUGAUUAAUUCCCAAAAAGGGAGACAAGGAAAACUUGUGUCAGUCAAAAUUGGACAGAAAUGCGAUUGCUUCAAAGCUGACAACUCACUACUAAAGAGAAUUGUAUCUUUUAAUAAGAUGGUUAAUAUUUAUACAUUAAUGUCAGUUGACCUUGCUCUGAAUAUUAUUAACACAUUUAUGAAUUUCUGAGCAUCCUUAUUGUAAUACAGCAGGGAAGCUGCCCAUGUAAAGAAAUGCUUGGCUUAAAGCUUUUAAAGAAAAAUCCCUUUUUAAUGUGGAUCAUGAAACCUCUCCAUCUCAAUCAGCCUAUCACACUUUAAGUCAUUUCAGUUUUCUAAAUACUGUUGUUCCUAUACAGUAUAAUCUCAUUAAUUCCAAAUCUGUGAGAGCUGCUCUGGAACACUGAAAUCUAAUAAAGUCUAAUAAAGAUUAACAAUGGCAGCAAAAGUGAUUGGCCAUUGAUUUCUAACUGCUAGACUUGGAGUCAAAGACCUAGAUUCAAAUUCUGCCUUAAUCAUUAACUGUAUGACUCUAGGCAAAUUACACAACCUCUUUGGACUUCAUUUUCUUCAUCUGUAAAAUAAGCUUGGAUGUGAUCACUUUUAAGGUUCUUUUAAAGUCUAACUCCUAGGAGAUGAACCUUCAACCUAAUGAAAAAUCUGGUUCUCCAGAGAUUAAAAACAGAUCUUCUCAUUUGAAAGUACCUCCUUCCCCUUCCCUCUAUAGCUCAGAUGUCCUAAAGUAGUGGUGUCAAACUCAAGUAGAAAGAGGGGUGGGCAAUUUGUACAUAAGGAUCCCUAUGGACUGCAUAUUGACAUAACUUUUUAAUGUAAUAUUUGUUGUAUCAUAGUUUUACUUAGUUAAAUAUCUCCAAUUAUAUUUUAAUCUGGUUCUAAGGCAUUCAUAGGCUCUCAUAUUUGACACUUCUGUCCUAGAGUAUAGGCCCCACAAGAGAAGCAGGUGGGAGCCUGAGACAUUCCAGUCUUCCUGGGUCAAACACAAUUGUGCAAGUUGGGGUCUGGGAUCUUGCUGGGCUGCUCAGACGGGCAGGGAAACAGGAGCCAAACUGGUUUCAACAAAGAUGAGAAGAUUAGAGGCACAGACUUCUAUUUCUCAUUCCUGCUUUUCUACUUUUAAGUACUGCAUGACAUCUCACAGGCAAAAUGCAAAGACCUUUAGUUUUAACUUCAAUUAGUUGCAAUGAACUUUGUUUCUAACUUUAGAAGUUGGGGAGGGGGGUAGCAGAGGGAGAACCUGAUAGUAAAUGGGAGAGUAGUGUUUAGCCCCUGGUUCUGAAAAUUAAUAUAAAGGUUUCUGAGAUUUACUUAAGUUUGAAGAUUCCUUACACUACAGAAAGGCAAGAGGUUAUCUUAAAAAAAAAAAAAAUUGUUACCUAUGGUUUGCAUGUUCCAAUUGAUGUUCCAAUUGUUGUUCCAAUUGAAAGAAAUAUGUUGGAAUAGGGAGGGAAAAGAAUUAAAUGGAUAUGAUGUAGUGUGAAAUAAAUUAAAUUCCUCUGGAAUGUUAUUUCUGUUUUCAACAGAGACAUCAAACAAAUUUUAAGUGAUUAAAAAAAAUAGCCACUGCCCUCACCUUAGAGCUAGAUGGACAAAGUGGAGGAAGCUUUGGUGUAACUGGCCCUGAAGUCAGAGAACCAGGGUGCAAAUCCCAACCAAGUAAUUAUCUACCCUUGGGUAAUCACUAGUCUAUUUGGUUUUGAUUUCCUUAUCUGUAAAAUGAAGGGUUUGGAUUAGAUGGGAUAAGUAGCUUCCGAGGCUCCUUCCCCCUCUAAAUCACAAUCCUAUAGUCCUAUAUAUAUAUAUAUAUAUAUAUAUAUAUAUAUAUAUAUAUAGUCACUUGUAGAGAGGGAGACUCCAUAAGUCUGGGAAGGCAAGAGGGAGGAUUAUAUUCCAGGCUUGAAGAUGGCAGGAAUACUAAGGCCAGUUUAAGUUUUAGAAUAAAUGAAAAAAGGUAUAAAUGCACUUGGAAAGGUAAGCUGGAGCCAGGUUGUAAAAACAUGACUUUGGGUAGAGUGUCAAAUUAGAACUCUGCUUUAGAAAAAUCCUUGACAGUAGUAUGGAAUGAUUGGAAAGGAAAGACAUGAGACCAAUGAGUACCAGACUACUAUAGUAGUCUGAGAGGCGAUAGGGCCCAGAAUCAAGGGGUUAAUGCUGUGUGUGGAGAGAUAAAGAGAGGAUGAAUGAGAAUAUCAAGGGUCUCAUGAAGCCAAUUAGGAAAACUCUAACACUUGCUAGAGAAAUUAUAUCUCCCCUUUUUAAAAUUACAGGAAACAUAAACAGGAAAACAAAUUUUCCCACGGUAUUUUGCUAGUGUUGAACAAUAUUUAGUAUGCACUUCCGAAUAAAUUUUUCUGUAAGAACUUGUCAUUUUUUCUUUAAUAUAAUUUCUCAACAUUUGAAUUCUGCUAUGAAACUCUCCUUAGCAAACUCUCUCAGAUACUCAGACAUCUCAGGAAAGAUCUAGGCAAAGCCAAAUAAUACUGCCUUUGCUUUGUUGCCUUUACCUGACUGCAUAGAGGAUAUGGUUCCCUGCCAUCAUCUUGGCUUCUGUUGUGCUAUGGCAGUGCACCAAGACACUUCCUAACUAUCUGCAAUAACAAAAUGGCACUAUAUCCUGGGGAACAUAAAGGAGGCAAUGAAAGGGGAAAUAAACUCAUGAUUUUCACAAUAUAUGUAUAUCUCUCCUGUUGAAAUAAUACCUUUUGAGGUCCAGUUCAAAUAUCUGUUGCUCCAUGGUUUCCCUUGAUUUCCACCUUCCAGCCAAAAAUACUUGUGCACAUAUUUAUGUUCACUGCAUAUUAUGCCUUAUUUACAUCUACAAUACUCAAAUUUACUUUAUAAUUACUUGUCUUAUUCCUGUCAUUACUGUGAAGCAGCAUCAAGCAGUGCAAGUUUCAAACACUGCCCAAACCAGUUUACAAUGUAACUGGGACAAGUUGGACACAAAUACACCAUGUUAAUUAGUAGUUUUUCCAAGUCACUAUGCAGCCACAGAGACCUGUUUCUUUGAGUUUGAUUCUACUAGUGUAAGUAGAUAAGAUUCACAUUUUUACAUCUCUGAUCCAUGCUACUCAUGCAACUACGGUUUACUCUCAGCAUCAUCCCUCAGAGUCCCACAACUCUGAGACUCCACAUUGAAGACACUGCUGAUUUGCAUCAAUAAAUGGCAUAUCUACAUAAGGAAUUCACUGGCGUAAUUAAAGAUGCUUAAUAAAGAUUCUAGUCAUUCUUAAUCUAGGGGUCCUCCAAGAUCCAUGAAUCUGAUUGGGAAAAGGAAACAUCUAUUUUCAGUCAUUUAAUUGACAAAUCAUGUCCUUCAAUUGUAAAUGUAUACAAUAGAUACUUUUAAAGUAUAUGACACAUAAUUAAAGGGCUAAGAAUUCAUGAUCUGGAGUAUUAGGGAAAAUAAAGGUCAACAAGGCAAAAACUCUCCUAGCAUUGUUCCUCAGGAUCAAAGUACAUUCAUUGUACACAAAAGAUGCUUACUAAAUUUAUUAUAGGUCAAAUGAUCUCAUUUAAUGCUUCAGCCUUGUUUCUGCUCUUCACUUUUUUCCCCUUCUAUUACUCUUUUCUCUUUUCAAAAUUGUAACUUUAGUUACUUCCAAAACUAUGGCUAGUCUGUAUUUCUAAGGAUGUUUGCUUCAGUCAAUACAGAUUACUAUUAUUUAAAGACUCUCAGGUUUUCAAGAGUUUCAUAAAAUUAAAAACUCAAAUUUAUAAAAGUUUGUGACCAAAUUCUUGAGGUAAACAGAUGUUUUAGAAAUAAAAUAGAUUUUUAAAGGGUAUUCUCCUUGACACCCCCCACCAAUAUAUUUGUGGAAUGCUAUUUUAAUUCACUAAGAUUCUUUAAUGCACCACUUUCUUUGAUAGCCUAGAAUAAAAUUACCUAUUUUUAUAUGAUGCUGUUAGAGUUGCAGAACUUUAAAAUUAAAAGAGAGGGUGUGUUACAGGAAAAUCAGUCAUAUUGCCCAAUUUCUUAAUUAAAAAACAUGACAAACGAAAUUGCAAAAACAAUUAAUUUUAUUUAUUUAUUUAUUUUUGGAAGAAAAUAGUAUGUUCUGAAAUUCAGGGUAUUUAAUAAAUAGACAGAUAAGAAAAAUCCAUUUCACGAACAGUUUUACUGGAGUGAUUCAUCAGUUCUUAAAUACCAGUUCUAGUGCAAGGAAACAUUGACAUCAAUAAUUAAAAAACAAAAACAAUCUACUUAGCUGCCUUAGGCCUGUAGUUCUAUUCUCCAAUGUGAAAAAAUAAGUAGAAUAUAAGCUCUUUCAGGGCAAGAACUGUUUCAUUUUCAUAUCUCCAGUGUUUAGUACCUUGACAUAAUGAGCACAUAUUUGUUGAAUUGGAGUAAGACCAUUUCAGUAUCUUCCAGAAACCUCAUCACCUACCUAGCUGUGAAGAGGUUUUAAUGCAGGUAUGUCUAAAGCACCAUAAGCCCGAGUGGAUGCCAAGGGCUUCUGUUAAAGAGGAGCAAAUUCUUUAGGAGUACAGAGAAGAGGAUCAUUAUUCCAGUAAGGUAAAUCAAGUCUAAAAAGGAAUAUUUCUUGCAAGUGAGUUCUCAAUUAAAAUAAUCUACAUGCAAAAAAGGUGUUUUGCAGAAUUUACAAAUUUCUAUUUGUACCUAAAAAAGUUUAUCUCCCCCUUUAUUUCAACUUUUUCCUUUUCAUUUCAAAAUCCCCAAGAAUCCCAGCUCACAUAAAUAGUCUCGUCAAAUUAUAGUUCUUUAUUUUCCUUAGUUCUAGUCUAACAUAGUCUGCAAAUUCCAGUCGAUCUCCAUCUCUUCCGAUCCGACUCUCUUCCUUAACUACAUUUUAGUGGAACUAAAAACAGAGAUACAUUCACUGGAAAAUUAUAUAAUUUUUAAGAGUCAGAAGGCAUUUAAAGACAAUUAACUCCAAUCCCUUCCUUUUACAUAAAACUGAAACCUAAAGACAAUGAACAAUGUCACACAGCUAGCGGCAG